ACUGUAGCGUCAGUCUAAGCAAGACGGAACAUGAAAAUAUUCCGUAAGCUUUGAAUAGUUUUACUAAAUUCAUUUUUUGGGAUGGAAAUGGACUCAUAAAAGAUGGGAAAGACUAGAAAUUCUAAAAUACAGAUUUUUUCACUAAAUCUAGUGCUUGCUUCUUUGUGAGAUAUGAUUUCUCACAAUGGAUGGGGUACUUUUAUUUCACGAUGGACAUGCCUGUGCUUGUGUUAGCACAAGCACUGUGGAGGUGUAAUCACACAAGGGAGACGCUCUCUGCAAGACCUGAGAAAAAGAAGUUGACGCUGCUGUCUGGCACAACGCACGUAUUUUUCUCUAAAAGUCAAGAUGCCAGAAACAGCUGAGGCUGUGUCAGCCACUCUCACCACCAACAGAAACUGCACUAUAGAAAUAACCAAUGUCAGCGGUAGCUACUGCCUCAUUAACCCCAAGGUGUACAUGAAAAGUGGCUUCUGUCAACACCCGCCCCAGCCCACGAUUCGUACCACCAAGACAGAAGUGUGCUCCUUCACCAAGGAUGACAACACUGCCACGGGUGCCGUCGGCAUUCUAACCUACGAUUUGUUGCAUAUGCAGAGCCGGGUUUGCUCCGAGCGCAUGGCUAUCAUGUUCUCUGUGCCUUUUGACCACAACCUGUAUAAGAACCAGCUGGCCAUAGGUGUGUUUGAGCAAUCCCGUGCUUGUGACAAACAGCUGUAUGACCAGAUGUAUGAUGGGAAGGAUCUCAGCAACUUCACCCGCUCUGAGGCAAAUGGCUGUGGGCUGGAGUACAAGGCAACAUAUGUUGAUCUGAGGGCCACAAUGUCUACAGUUGGAAAAGCCAUGGUUAAACUGGAGCUCUAUGAUAAAAUGGGUCAUUAGUGUGCAGUCUACUGGUGUUCUGCUUUUCUGUGUUUUCUUGUUUUUGUAGUCGCAGAAAAAUAAACUUCAUUUGAUUUGACGACUCUUGUCAUCCUAAAAAAACAUUUAGGAGAAGAGGAAGACUGAUUUUGCUGUCAUCUGUAUUUUGUGUCUGCUGAAAGAUAUCAAUAUCUGACAGCCACCUCAUUGAUUCUCCAUUAGCUUAGCUCUUGGGCUCAUGU